AUGGGCCGCCCGAAGCGCAACGUCCUCGCCGCCGCCGAGGCAGCCCUCAGCCCGCCCGACGCCCUCGAGCCCAGCCAGUCGCUCGUGCGCGUCGUCCGCCCCGAGGGCAACAACCUCUUCACCUGCGAACUGCCGAGCCGCAAGCUCGUCCUGCUCGAGCUGGCCCAGCGCUUCCGCAACACCAUCUGGGUCAAGCGCGGCGGCUUCGUCGUCGCAGAGCGCUACGGCGAGAGCGCCGAGGAGACGCGCGCUGACGGCGAGAUUGUCAACAUUGUUCGCGACGAGAAGCUCUGGCGCAAGCAGCCGUAUUGGCCAAAGGAGUUUGCCAAGAAUGCCUACGACCUGGCCGACUCCGAGGACGAUUCCAACGUCGGCAAAAUGCCCCCAAGUGACUCCGAAGACGAGUGA